UAUCUUUGCGUGUGCGUGCGCGCAUGCUCUCUACAUUCGUGUGACUCGGCUCAGUCUAGUUCUUGUAGGUUGUUCUCCUUGAGUAUAACAUUGAAGAUGCUUACAUAACUUGUAACAAACGUGUAUGGAAAAGCCUUUAUGACUUAAAUAUAUCAAAGUUAUUUUUGAAGUUGAGAUACAAAGUCUGUUCUGUAUUAUUGUAUUCUUGGGUCAUACAGCGCCAUACAUAUUUUAAUGAGCCCAAAGGUGUGGUAGGAACGUUGUGGAAGUUGUUGGUGGUCACUGUUGUAGCAGCCGGAGGAAAUGACUGCUCUGAGAGAGCCAGCUGGCUGAAAAGACUCCUGUGGUGAUUGUGGUUGUAGUAGUUGUGGUGGUGGUGGUGGUAGUGGCGUGAGGAUAGCCAUAAUGGUCGACGUGGACAAGAAGUACAUGCCCUUCUGGAAGUGGUGGAUACACAAGAGUGAGUCGAGUCCCACGCUGACACACAAGUCCACCAAACACACGAGUACUGCCUCCAGUACUGUCACACACACCUCCAGGCACCUUAUGUCUUCUGAGCAACUAUUUGACAGGAAAAGACCCAUUGACAAAGAAAUUAAGUCUACUGAGGAACUCUUCCUGAGGUCUUUGGAGGAUGGUCAUGGAGUAAGGUCAUCUGAGGAUCUGUUGGAGAGGAUUGAUGGAGAUAAGACGUCAUCUCUGCAGAGAUACAGGAGAGCCGUCUCAACCAGCCACCUCUCAAAGCGACCCACGUCUCUUGAACAACCAGGUGUGGUCACUUCGACCGGGACGCAUUGGUCUAAAUCAUCUAGUUCUCUGGAACUGAAAGAAUCACAGUGGAGGCCGGUGGAUGUAACAGAUCAAAAUCCAUCCCUCCAAGAGGACUCCAGCUCUAAGACCAAGAAGAGCGGCAAGAGACGAUUCACUCUUCCUUUAGGCAAGCACAAAAAUGGUGAUGAACAAAAAAGUAAAAGGAAAGAAUGGAGAGGAAAGACAAGCAAGAAAGUAAGAAGCUCUAAUGCGGGGGUUUUAUCACCUGGCGACGACACUGUGGACAGCACCUCCUUCAUCCCAGGAAGAAAAAAACAUUUUGACUUCGGCGUCGACAAGGAAGAUUUAGAGAAAGGAAAAUUACCUUGUCCUGGUUACGAUAUCCUGACCCCCACCGAAAUAUAUCAGAAAAGAUCUUCCCAAGCUAAAGCGACCAAAGAGGGAGGAAAUGGCGAAAUAGCUUCCAGUCAGCGGUCAAGUCCCGAACAAGGUAAAACCUCAGCCCCCGAACGAGACAAAUCAACAUCGAAAGAGGAAAUGGUGGGAGAGAUAUCAGAGCCUGAAGCUAUCACAACAGCCUCCAGACAAAAUACACUCGAGAGACAAACACGAGCCGAAGUAGAAGAUUGCUCCAAAUGCGAAUUUUCUAGGACGCAAAUAAAGCCUGUUUUGGAGAGUAGGACUGAGGGUGUUGCUGAGGUGAAGGAUACAGAUGUGAGUGAGAACUAUGAUGUGCCGGGACCACUGCGUCCCAUCUACGAGGCUCCUCCUCCACCCAGACCUGUUGCUACAGAUGUUGCCUCACCUAAACCUUCACAAGAUACAAGUGUCAUGUCUCGGUACUCAAAGGAAGAGGAAGAAUCUUCUGGGAUGGCGAAGGAAGCCCCCAGCACUCCUACAAUAAAGGGCUUCCCAGAGAGGCCUCUCCCGACACCACCAUCAGCAGACAGGGAAGGUGGUGAUAAGGAGAACGUCAAGUUAUCUGGCAUCACUCCAUCAGGUAUCACUCCAUCGGGAGGCACGCCAUCGGGUGGCACAUCAUCGGGUAGCAAUAGUAAACGCCACAACGUGCAGCGAAAACAUAGUGAGCAGCCACCAACGCCGAAAGUUGUGAAGAAACAUCAGGUUGUGAGGCGGACGAAGAGUGAACCGAGGAUGCGACGAAGUGAGUUCCAUCCUCUCAACCUGGCUCUGAGCAAAGAAGAAAGUGAAGCCAUGCAACACGUCCUUGACGACCACCUCUUCAAACACAACUUCAAGGUGAUGGCUGAGGCGGGUGUAGACGUUGAGACUUUUUCUCACCCACAUAAACCUUCCAUAAGAAGAACUUCGAAUGUUUCAACAACGUCCUCCUUGUCCUCUAUGUUGGCCCCUCAUGUUCAACAUAACAAUAAACAACAGUCCAGCAGCGUUGUCAGAAACCAACAGGUCUCUCCGCUUUCGGGCUUAAGUCAGGAGGCUAACGAUCCACGGACCAAGCUCACUUACGAUCCUCAACUGUCCAGAACAAGGUCGUCCUCGAUGCGAUCCAAGCCUGCACCACCAGUCAGGUCCCCGUCAACCAAGCUUACAACAGCAUCAAGGCAAGACUCCAACUCGAGUCAGUCAUCGAUUUCUUCCAAGCUCUCGACUGCAGGUUCGACACUUGUUAACAACCCGAGUCGAACCCAGCCAGGUCCUCAAGAGCAAGACAUGCAGCGAUCCAGCUCCUUCACUUCCGGUUCUCCGUGUCAGGAUCCUUCAGGCCAGGAAAUUCACCCGUACGCUGCAGCAAUGACUAAUUGUCAAACUUUUCAACCUAUUUUUCCUUACCAAGGGCCAUCGUUAAAAAGCUCACAAAUUCAACAGAGUCUAACCUCAACUCAGAGCUACACCUCACCACCACAACAGCAAUGGAGACCUCAGGAAGGGUGGACACUUGGUCAGAACGCCGCUACACUCGCCUCAGGCCAGGAACCCACAAGUAAACCACCCUUUCCAGUGCCUAUACCGGAAGCCGUCGGUACUGACUCUAAACCCCGUCAGUGGUCGCUGACUCUGUCGGAUUUCACUCAGUCCGAACAAGUGAUGCCACCACCCCCCGGAAACCUCAAUCGGCAGGUGAAAGAACGGGUCUUCCGGCAGUACCCGGUACAGAGAUACUUGCCUCAUACUGGUGCACUUGAACGAGACGUCGCCAGACUGGCCGUCACUGACUGGGUGGCCCAUCGACUGUCACAGUUUCCCCCAGAGAUACAGUCGCUGUAUAUAGGCCAUAAGUGGUCCUAUAGCAGAGGUCGGUCUCGUCGAGGACGUCAACCUGUUAUCCGCGAGGAACACGAGGACGAGGUCUUCCAUACUUUCCCACCCUUCGAAGCUCACCAGCCUCUCAAGCAGACCAAAAGUUCAAGCGACUCAGACCACUCUGUGGGAGGUUUGAGAACCGCUUCCCUGGACCGACUUGGGCGUAGGUCUCACGCCCACCCUGCUGCCCACGCCCACCCCCACACUCCCCACUACACCCUUCCCAGGAGACCUCCGAACACCCAGAGAUACACUCAGCCACAGACUAAGGGGAAGGGGUAUGGGUACUCUCCUCCGUCUGCUGUGUUCGACGAUGAUCCAGGAAUCAUGUCGGAAGCUGAAACCUCGUCAACAGGCUUCAGGAGGGGAGGGAAGCAGAGGGCUUCCCUCCCUGUCUCCAGGACGCCCUCCACCAAGACUCUGGACAGUAGAAACUUUGAGAUGGAUGAGAACAGUUCUUACUGGGAUGACGACCCUGGCAUCAUGAGUGAAGCAGAGACGUCAUCAACUGGGCGAGGCAGGAACCUCAAGCCUCGUACAUCACUACCUAUUGUGCGGACACCUUCCAAGACCCUCGAGCGUCCUCUAGGUGAGUACAUUAACCUUGCAAUAACUAUAGUAAUGAUAAUAUCUUUAUUUGUGCAAGUACAUGUACAACUUAUACAGACCAUAGCUGAUAUCAGUGACAUAAUACUGUAUAGAAAGAUGCUUGUUAUGCUGAGCAUUUCCCGCAAAUUAGGUCAGUUUUGUCCCAGGAUGCGACCCACACCAGUCCACUAACACCCAGGUACCCAU